AUCGAAUGGGCGCGAUCCCCUCGCUAUGCCAAAACCGCAGCGAUUGACGCCAAACUCCCGUCGGCUUCAUACCUGGACCUCACGGAAAGCCUCACACGUCCUCAAGCUUCCCUCAUUAUGCAACUGCGCACCGGCCACGUCCCGCUGAAUGGCUAUCUACACCGCAUAGGCAAGGCGGAUUCACCUGACUGUCCCCACUGUCCCGGUCAUCGCGAAGACGUCCGACACGUUAUUCUCGAAUGCGACCAGUACCGACGCGCCCGCCACACCCUGCAGAAGAAGCUUCGCCGCACUGCGAUCCAUCUACCGACGCUUCUGUCCCGCCACGUCAAACCCCUGCUGAAGUAUCUACACCAAACCGGACGAUUCAAUCCAGCCUACGGUGAGAGCUUAAAGCCUAAGUGAUCAGUUUGACUACCUUUGCCUCCUAGUCAUCGCCAGUAUCAAUGCCUAAACUACCUCAACUUUAAUUGCUAUACCAAUCAUCCAAUAAUCAC